UUAAUUGGGCGUGGCCUAACCCAGGAUUCAUCAUCUCUCGAAACUUGAGUGGCCAAAGCACAAGCUGCAAGAUGUUGAAGUUUGUUCUUCUUGUAAACAAGCAGGGUCAGACCAGAGUCAGCCAAUAUUAUGAGUAUGUACCAGUAGAAGAGAGAGUUACCACUGAAGCUGACAUUGUUCGUAAAUGCUUGGCUAGAAGUGAAGAUGCUUGUUCUUUCAUGGAAUAUAAAAACUUCAAAAUCGUAUUCCGGAGAUAUGCAUCUCUCUACUUCAUAAUUGGUGUUGAUAACACUGAGAAUGAAUUGAGUGUUUUGGAGUUCAUUCACAACAUCGUAGAGACUUUUGAUAGAUACUUUGAAAGUGUGUGUGAGCUGGAUAUAAUGUUCAACAUUGACAAGGCUCACAUGAUUCUGGAUGAGAUGAUAAUGAAUGGACAGAUUGUGGAAACGAAUAAGAACAGGGUAUUAGCACCAGUCGCCGUGUUAGAAAAGGCAUCCAAAUGAACUUAUAACAAUUUUGAUCUCGUAUUUGUUUUAUGUCAUUGUCUGCUACCUACUUCUUAAUUAUAUUGUGUUGUUCUAGACAA